AUGUCAACCAAGGAGGAGCCGCCCGCCCCGCGACCGGCCCGGGCUGAUUGGCGUGUGGUGGCUCCAGGGCCGCCUCCGCCCUCCCGCGCCCCGGCCAACCGCGCGCUCCUCCCGGCCGUGGGGCCGCCUUCGCCGCUUGGCCCCGGACACACGGCCCCCGGGCCCGGCAUCACGACCCGGCGGGGACGGUCUGGCCGGGUCCCCAGAGACGUGAACGCGGCCACUGCAAGGAGCCAUUGGACAGAAAGUAACAACACUGAACCCCACGUAGGAAAUACCCCCUUCUACCAGAGUCAAGAGGACCGUUCAGGUUCCAGAAAGGGAGUGACAGCUCAGACUGCCAGAAUGAGCCACAGUUCUUCAGAAGCCUCAGGAAACCCCUCUUUCCUGCCUGAGACGAACGCCGAGGGGAGGAACAAGCCUUCCAGCGGAGCAAUCGCCACCGUUCCGCAUGCUGGACGCUCACCUGGGAUGACCACGGCCCUGGACUCCCACGGCAGCUCCUUGUCCUUGGAGAGCCUUCCCCAGCCAUCCAGCAGUUCCAGGUCGGAAGGAGGAAUCACUGUUUCUCAGACAGAGAGUGGAAUAUCCCCAGGCUUCCUGGAGACGGCAAGGGAACUCCCAGAAGAAGGGACUGUGCACACACAAGUGGCUGGCAUUUGGUUUUCCAGCCAAGCCUCCCUUCCUGCUUUGGAACUCAGGGAGCCAACCAUGCUCUCCCAGAAGAGAAAUUCAUCAGGCCAGGAGCACUCGGAGCUGCGCUUCCCUCGGACCCAGAGUCAAUCACCUCCCUCAGGCCGUCCUCUGUCUUCUGGAAGUAUAAAGAAUUUUAAUGACUCCGCUAAUCUCCAAAGCCUGUCAGUCACUCAGACAAAGAGUACACAUGCCACCAACACAUUCACUGAUGGUGUCACCAGAAUGCUCCGGUCUUUGACUGUCAGCGUGGAACCCGUAAAUGAGACAGAGAGCUUGCCUGCGCACUCCAGAAUUGUUGUAACGUCAGCCUCAGUCCCUUCUCCGCCCUCUGUGGUUGACUCCAGGACAUACAGCAGACUCCCUGAGAAUGCGGGAGACAGAGAAGGCAUUGAGCCAUCUACAGAAAACGGAGGUGGAAUUCCAUCCAUACACUGGCAAAGUGAUUCCCCCACCUUUGGAGGACAUCAGCUCGCCAGCGGCCCCGCAGCAGGAAAUGGCAGUGCCACGCCUCUGACUGAGGUAGCUUUUAGGCCAGUCCCCUCCAUGGGUGGCGGAGCGAGCACAGGACAGUGGUUCCCCGCCAAGGACAAAACAGCUACACACACAGCAGGGAGCCCUGCUUCGCAGCCAGACACGAGGAGCCCUUGGGUUUGGACUCCGUUCUCACACACUGCACAGCAACCCCGAGGUGGUGGCUCGAGGCUGGGUGGGAAGACUUUCUCAGAUUCUUCAUCUUCAGCUUCCUCGGAAAGUCUGGAUUCCUCAGCCACACAUGGAGGACAUUCAAUUCUGGAAGACAAUGUGCUGCUGAGCGACAGCUCGGACCCGGCAGGGAGCACUUCAGGGGUGCGGUCCCCACACACUCACACGUCUACGAUGCUCACCCGGAGCGGGGAGCGCACGCUGCGAUCCCUUGGACUCUCUCGCGCCUCUACGCACCCCGUGCACCCCACUCUGCGUGGGAACGUGACGGAGCACGCGGGCCUGCUGUCCCGGGCACCUACCCUUGGAGUCACGGUGCUGAACUACGGUCCAGAGCGUGGCUCAGACGCUGAACAGCGGCCUUCCAGUGACCACACAGACCACGCCUAUGCGUCGUCUGCUUUCACCAAAGGAGAGCGGUCGUUACUGUCCAUUACAGAGAACUCUUCCUCCUCAGACACCAGCGAGAGCGCAACCUCUUCUGCUAAGAUCGCAGACUCUCCAGACGUGGACUUUUCUUCUUCUCAGGGGCAGACUAAAAGAAGUAAUGCGUCCUCCAACGAUGGUGAACCCGCUCAGUCUUCCACCGAGUCGCUGCUUCUGCAUUCAUCCAACCUUCCGCCCUCCGCAUCCACCGUGAAUAUGCCAAACACCCAGGUUCUUGAUGCCAGCACUAAAUCUGCUGAGGACCCAUCCGAGUCAGAGGCCCCUUGGCCCCUUCCCUCGGUGUCGCCACCCCACCGGUUUUCAGCCACCGUGCCAUCAACGGGGUCUCCCACACAGCAGCUAAAGUCUACCUCCUACACAGCCACGUCCUCGCCAUCCUCACCAUCACCCUUGCCUGUCUCCUUCACGGUGUCAACCCUCGCCCCGCACUCUGUCUCACAAGCAACCUUCCCACGCUCAUCUUCGACCCUAGUCCCCCACAGGGUGAGGGAGCCACGUGUAACGUCGGUCCAAAUGUCGACAGUGGAAUCAGCCAUAGCCGUGUUCCCCGGUAACCAGACAGCAGACCCCCAAAACCAGAGCGCCCUGCAGCCAGAGAAAGCCAUCACAGAAGAAAAGUCACCACGCCUGGUGUCUCUGCCCACAGAUCCUACCAAAGCAGUAACGAUGAGUCUUCCUCCAGGGACCCCUUGGUCCCCAGCCUUAAUGGGGUCCUCCACAGAGCCAGCCCUUCCAGCCACAAGCACCAGCUUAGCCCCGAUGUCUCCAGCUUUGAUGUCUUCCACUUCCCAGACUACCCACUCUCCUGCCACCAGUCCCAGCACCCUGCCAAGCACAGAAGCUUUGACUCCAGGUGCCAUAGUUGUGCACACUACCCCGGAGGAACAGCAGCUGCCGACCAAUCCUGAAAGUCCAGUGCCGCAGACCUCCACGGAAGGGGCCCUCACCACAGAAGGGAACCGGGUGCAAAUGGGUCCUACCACCUAUCCUGUCCCUCUGACCACUACACCCACAUCAGCAGACGCUACCACAAAGCUUGACCAGGAAGAGGAGGCCAGCCCGGUUUCACCUUCUCUCAGACCAUCUUCCCCUCAAACUACAAGUGUUUCUACGGCUGAAAUGUUGACGUCCAAAUAUACCACCCUCACUGCUCAGAGCACUCCAGAGUCACCAACAGCAUCAUCACCUCCAGCCCCAGUCAACAGCUGCACCGUGAACCCGUGUCUUCAUGAUGGCGAGUGCAUCGUGGACCUCACCGUGAGUCGUGGGUAUCGAUGUGUGUGCCCACCUGCCUGGCAAGGGGACAACUGCAGUGUGGAUGUGAACGAAUGCCUCUCGAGCCCCUGUCCGCCCCUGGCCAUGUGCAACAACACUCAGGGAUCCUUCACCUGCAGGUGCCCAGUCGGGUAUCAGUUGGAGAAAGGAAUAUGCAAUCUGGUUAGAACCUUCGUGACUGAGUUUAAGUUAAAGAAGACUUUUCUUAAUACUACUGUGGAAAACCAUUCCGACGCUCACGAGGUUGAAAACAAGAUGGCACAAACCUUAAACUUGUGUUUCUCGACUUUGCCUGGUUAUAUCCGAUCUACAGUCCGUGUGUCUAGAGAGCCCAGCACAGUGGUGAUCUCACUGCAGUCCACCUUUUCCCUGGCCUCUAACGUGACACUCUUCGACCUGGCUGAUGGAAUCCAGAAAUACGUCAACUCCUGCAGGUCCUCUGCUGAAGUCUGCCAGCUCUUGGGGUCUCAGAGGCGGAUCUUUAGAGCGGGCAGCUUGUGCAAGCGGAAGAGUCCAGAGUGUGACAAAGAGACCUCCAUCUGCACCGACCUGGAUGGCGUGGCCCUGUGUCAGUGCAAGUCCGGCUACUUCCAGUUCAACAAGAUGGAUCACUCUUGCCGAGCAUGUGAAGAUGGAUACAGGCUUGAAAACGAAACCUGUAUGAGUUGCCCGUUUGGUCUCGGUGGUCUCAACUGUGGAAACCCCUAUCAGCUCAUCACCGUGGUGAUAGCGGCAGCUGGAGGUGGCCUUCUCCUCAUUCUGGGCAUCGCACUCAUUGUUACCUGUUGCAGAAAGAGUAAAAAUGACAUAAGUAAACUCAUCUUCAAAAGUGGGGACUUCCAAAUGUCCCCAUACGCCGAGUACCCCAAGAAUCCUCGCUCACAAGAAUGGGGCCGAGAAGCCAUUGAAAUGCACGAGAACGGGAGCACCAAAAACCUCCUGCAGAUGACAGACGUGUACUACUCGCCCACCAACGUAAGGAACCCUGAACUUGAACGCAACGGACUCUACCCGGCCUACACUGGACUGCCCGGAUCAAGGCACUCCUGCAUUUUCCCGGGACAGUAUAACCCAUCUUUCAUCAGCGAUGAGAGCAGGAGGAGAGACUACUUCUGAGUCCAGGAGGGAGAGGGGCCCAUUUCUCUGAGCCACUUCCCCAGACCUCUGGCUCAGAGGACGGCACGGAGAGGGAGCGCCACGCACUAGCUGCUCCCAGGACUUGUCAGAGCCACACUUGAGGGGUAUGACCACAGUGGAAGGGAACAGAUGGGUGCGGAACAGACCGCUCGUUCCGCACUGUUAUUACUGUGAACAUGAACGUGGGCCAGUACCGAGUCUCCGAAUGUCUGGCACGUAGAACUGGCUGACUUCCACCGGCGACCACUAGGCGGCAUCAUUUCCAGGCCCCAGUUUCCCCGUAAUUUGCACUUUAAUAGGUUGGGCAGGGAGGUUUCAUUUUUGACUAAUUCCCAGGCUGUUUCGGAAAGCCUUCCUUUCCUAGGAUACUUCUACAGGCCUCAGUUUGGUGAUUGACUGGCAGCCAGGUGCUGGCACUUUCGUUUUCCUGCCUGGUGCCUUUAGCUAAACAACAGAUGGAGGUGAACACACUGCUGUGAUCUAGCGAUGCCGCAGCCAGAGGCGUGGAGUUUUAAGGUUUCUAGGUUACCUGUGCUCAUUUCCAAGCAAACACCCUAAAUGAGAACUUGACCUUUGCAAGGUGCAGCACACGGUUCCCAUUUGUUUUCUAAGUCAAGGUGACAUGCUUGCUUACGAUUUAUUAAUCUUACUUUUCCCAGCAAGAAUGCAUCAGGAUAGAAUAGCUUUCCUUUGGUGUUUCAUUAGGCGUGUCCAGCUGCCCCUUAGCGAGUCCCAGCAGGCAAUAUCAGGCUGGUCCUCCGUGUGGUAGGGUGGUUUUGAUCUAUGAGGGAAUGGCAUGGGGCCUGGGACACUGACGCCCAGCAUGGAGUCAGAGUCUGCAUA